UUGCAGGCAAAUUUAUUUCGGCCAAAACGGGUACUGCUGCUUGCUAAGACUUCGAGGUUGGAUUAUGAGCGACAGAAGUAUUCCGACAUAACAUCUGAUCAGUUCAGAGCAAUCGUAAGAUCUGAGGGUAUCGAAGUUAGGGUAGUCAAACGUGAAGAGUACACUGAAGAAGCAGUUGCUUGGGCGGAUGCUGUUUUCACUGCCGGUGGUGAUGGCACUUUCUUGAUUGCAGCUGCUAAAGUUAAGGAUCAUAAACCAGUUAUAGGGUUUAACGCUGAUCCAAUACGUUCAGAAGGCCAUCUUUGCAUAACCCGUAAGAAGGACUUGCCCCUUGUAGCAAACAGUCUUCCAGGAUUUUUAAAUGGUUUUUUUAGUCUUUACCGCAAUGAAAAGUUUGACCCAAAAGUUCCUGUUUUGGCUUUGAACGACAUCUUUGUUGGUGAAAGUCAUGCUGCACGUGUCAGUAGCUACGAAAUACAGAUUGAUGAUGGUGCUGUACUGAAGCAGAAGAGCUCUGGAUUAGUAGUUUCGACUGGAACCGGGUCGACUUCAUGGAAUUAUAAUAUUAACCGAGUUUUCGAGCAAGAUGUUAGCGAUUUAUUGCGCAUUAUGUCUUCCUUAGGCGUACCACUUAAUGAUACAAACAAAUCGUUCACGCAAGAAAUUUGUCAGCGUUUUAAUGAAAAGCUUGUGUUCAAGCCACAGUCACCUAUGCUUGCUUAUACAAUUCGUGAACCAUUGGUCAAUGUAACGUACCCUGAAAACAUAAAACGGGGAUUUGCAUCUCGGAUUUGGAUCCGUUCAUGUUGCAGCGAUGCUCAUUUGGUCCUUGAUGGUGGGUUUUCAGUCCCUUUUAACUACGGCACAGAAAUAUUACUUGAAACCCAUAAAGAAGAUGCAUUAUGUACUGUUAUGUUUGUGUAA